AUGGUGACUUUCAAAAUGUUUCGUCGCAAUGCGUCGACAAACAUCGAUAUUCGAUCUCCAGAGGAGAAAGCUUUAGUCCGACGCCUUGACAUUUUCCUGAUGACUUUCGGCUGUCUUUCACAGGUUAUCAAAUAUCUCGACCAACAGAAUAUUAACAAUGCCUACGUAUCUGGCAUGAAGGAGGAUUUAAACUUAUUCGGAAAUGAGCUUAAUCUAUUCACUACAUACUUCAACGCCGCCUAUUGCGCAAUGCUAAUUCCCUCCCAAAUUAUCCUCACCUACGUACGCCCGAGUUAUUGGCUCCCAGGCUUGGAGAUUGCAUGGGGUGUUCUAACCGGAUUGAUUGCAAUGACAACAAACGCAAAACAAGUCUACGUCCUCCGUGUAUUCCUCGGUCUAUGCGAAAGCAGCGCUUGGCCAGGAAUGAUGACAUUAUUCAUGUACUGGUAUACCCCAACCGAACUAGCCAAGCGAAUGGGAUUCUACCACUCCUGCCAAGCAGUGGGCCAAAUGCUCUCGGGCGCCAUGCAAGCCGCAAUCACCGACACCCUCGAAGGGCGUAAUGGACUCGCAGGAUGGCGCUGGCUAUUUGUGAUUAAUGCGAUCAUCACGGUAAUCUGGGGAUUUGCAGGAUUUUUCAUGCUCCCCGAUCUACCGAACCGACCUAAUCCGCGCGCAUUCUGGUUCAAAAAGGUGCAUGGCGAGCUUUCACUAGAACGGCUGGCGCGGAAUGGCCGCGCCGAGCCGAAGAAGAUGACCUGGGCCGGCGUGAGACGCACGUUCUCGGGAUGGGUUGUUUACUUCAUUGCGAUUCUGUAUAUCGCAACGGUCCUUGGAACAUACGGAUAUGUCUAUUUCGGAUUAUUCCUGAAAUCGCUGAAGAACCCAGAUGGGAGCGCGAGGUGGACUGUCACGCAGGUCAACGCUAUCCCAAUCGGAGGAUCUGCGAUCAAUGUCGUGUUCGUCUGGAUCUGGGCUCUGCUGUCUGAUUACCUGGAAACUCGCUGGACACUCAUCGUUCUUCAAGCGGUUAUUGGGAUCAUCCCGUGUAUUAUCAUGAGUGUCUGGACAUCCCACCCAGCGUCUGUGGCUUUAUCUGCUGCUUAUGCGUCAUAUUUCAUCUCGUAUAUUUGUCUCGGCACAGCACCACUGAUCUUCGCCUGGCUCUCUGAUCUUAUCCCUCAGGAUCCAGAAGCACGGUCUCUUGUUGUCGGCGUUGCUGUCGCUGGGUACUAUGCAAUCUCAUCGUGGUCACAGGUUCUUGUCUGGCCUGCGAGCCAAGCGCCAUUCUAUAAAUACGGAUGGCAGUCUAGCUUGGCCUUGUUGGUCCUUGUUAUCAUUAUGACGAGCAUUUUGAGAUAUGUGGAUGUGCGGUACCUCCUACCAAAGCGCGAGGAAUUCCGCGCUGUGUUGGAAGAAGAUAUCAUUGCCAGUAAAGGGGCUGGUCCGUCAGUGCGUGCUGAUCAGGUUGAGGGUCAUCGUCGUAUAGACGGAAGCUCGAAGGUGCCAUCCACAUCAACUGUGCGAGAAGUUUAG